ACCGCAGUACCGCGUCAGUCACGUUAAAGAGCGAAGGGACCUCGUUUUCGGGCUUGUGGAAAAUUAUUUCGCGCCGAAUACCUUCGAACUUCUCAGUUUUCUGGAGUUUCUUAUUUCUUUCCGAGCCCUUGUGGGUAGUGUUUCGAACGCGAGAAUUCAGAACUCUGGCACAACGGUCACAGAUGGAAAUAAGCAUGGGCACAACGUCGACUAAAAAGUUUCUCAUUAACAACAACUACGGUGGACGAGAAACAUGUCAGCUACUCACGUCCAAGUUGUGAAGUGGAGUUUUCCUGCCUUUGCGCUUCUGAUUGGCCUCCUCUGGUACAAACGGCGUCGAGUGGACCGAGCUGAUCCAGGUGGAAUAUCUGUUGCGGAUCGGAGCGACCGAACUGUCCUGAAUUACAAAACGGAAGCUGUUGUUUCGUCGAAACCGAAUGAUUCGGGCAUACACAUCGACGAGUCGUUCUCGUUGAGCUCGUUUAAUAAACCAACGGAAGAGAUCAUUUGCAGUCCUAGAAAGCGAAGCGAAAGUUUAGAUAUACCGCGGAGGAGGUCCGGCGCGCAGUCGAUCUCGACGCGUUCGAGAACACCCCCAGAGGACGAGCAAGAAUGGUACAGUUACGUGGGAACAGCUACAUCGAGUAAAAUGGACAUACCGCUUGGUAGUAAUCCGAAGAUAAGUAAUUUCGACAUGGUCGUCAAAAGCAGAAGCGGAUCUUCUUUGGAAAAUGCUAUUGACACCAGUGGUAAAGUAGUAAAAAUAUUCGAGCAUGUCGCCGAAGAGGAGGAGCAAAAAGCUUCGUGUGAGAAACAACCGUUAGAACUUGUCGAUAAAGAUGAAGAGAAUCACACGAACAAUACGUGCAGUUAUCUUUCGAACGAGGAACCACCCGUUAACACGCCCUCCAAAGACAGUGCGAAAAGUCAGGCACAAGUAUUGUCCGAAAGAGAUUCCGCGAAUCACAGUCCAAUAUCUGGAGUCUUGGACGGCAGUGUCACGGAUGAAGCCAGAAGCGAGGGAAGCACAGAUAGUGGAAAAGGAGGGAGUAUCAAGGGUCAUGCAAAAGAUAACGCAAUUCCAAAUGCGUACGAAUUUAGUAUACCGCAUCAUUUAGUAGGACGAUUAAUCGGUCGAUAUGGUACUUUCUUGCAAAAUAUCCGUGUUAAGGCUGAAGUGCACAUAGUUGUGAAACGUCAUCCCCGAUCGAGGGAACAGAAAGUUUGUGCCAUACAAGGUUCCCCAGAAGGGAUUACCAUUGCUCUGGAACUGAUACGACAAAGGUUCCCAGACAAAAAAUAUCCUCAGCUGACACUCGCGCAAAUUCCGCCGUCGAAUCCAGCAGAAGAGAUGCCAUGGGUUACGGAAUUAAUGCAGUUGUCCUUAGUAGAAGGAGUAAAUAAUGAUGUUGUUGUAUGUCAUAUAGUAAAACCAAAUCGAUUCUUCGUACAGCUUCCUACUCACCCUACAUACCCGUCCUUGCGGAUUUUAGAUGAUUGCAUGACACAACUAUAUAACACGACAGAAUCACCUCCAGUUCCAGACGAACUUAGUAAGGGUAUGAUCUUAGUUGCAAAAUGGUACAACAGGUGGGUCAGGGUAUAUGUCGAACAAGCAGAUCCUAAUGGCGAACGACAUUUAGUGCGACUCGUGGAUCAUGGAGGCUAUUGGUAUUUCAGUAAUGCAGACAUGAAGAAAAUUAGGUCAGAUUAUCUCACAUUGCCAUUCCAAGCAAUUGAAAUAUUCCUAGCAAAUGUACAGCCGAAAAAUGAUGAAUGGAAUCAGGAGGCUUUUAACGUAGUUGCUCACAUGUGCUGUGGUAUUGUUGGUCAAGCUCAAAUUGAAGGCUACAUUAACACAAAUACAUAUGUUAAUUUAUAUCUUAAUAUUCAUAAACACGGGGUUAUAUCUUUAGCUGAUGAAUUAAUAGCGCGCGAUUUUGCGGAACCCAUACCGCUAGAAAGCAUACUUCCGGAAGAAGGUAUAUCGAUUUAAUAAGGUACGAAAUAAGAGUUAGUCUUUAUCAAUUGAGUUGUAUAAAAAUGUGAAUCGUGCGGUGAUAAUACGUGAUCGUGUAAUUUUUUUAGUCACUAUACGCGUGUAUUCGAAGUAAUCUUUCACACUUAGGAGUUUCAUAUCAAUUAUCAAAACAGUAAUUGUUUCACUCUAUUUCAUACAGAUAUAUUUAUUGUGCAUGGAUCGACUUAACACGACAACCGGUAUAUUUUUGUUUCUUGGUUGUUAAAUAGAUUCAGUAUCAUUGGACCCGUAAGAGUGAACAAAAGUACUAUUUAACUAGCAUUUAUAAAUACUCCUCUUCGUGUAUGAUUUAUGACAAGUACAAAUGAGAAUUGUGUUUAGAGUGCGGCAUUUUUACUACGUGCAUUGUGAAAUGAAACAUUUUUUAACGUUAUAUUCUCACGAUAGCAAGCGAAAUGAGAUUUACGCCAGAUAUUACGAGACUAUUUAUAUGGUGCUCAAGCGAGCAAAGAAAAUUUUCAUACUUAUGCUAUCAAGAUGUACGGAUGAAAUCUGUUGAACGCCACAUUCUAGGCAAUGAAGUAGGAUAACAAAAAAAAAUUAAUAGAGAUGUAAAGAGGACCUGUGUACAUUCGAUAUGAUAUUCAAUCGAUUUAUAACGUAGGAACAGCUUUUUUACGGUAUGAUGGUGUACUAUACAUUUUUCGUAAGGUGUAGUAAAAUUGAUAAUGGUCCAAAAAGGUUUUUCUUGAAUUACCAACAACAAUUGCUAAUCGGGGAUACUUUUAUUUUCGAAACUACCGUUUUUGUGUUGUAUUGAACAUACGUGGGACAAGUCCUGCAGAUAACACUGAGGCGGCUUCGAUAAGUAGAGACCGAAACAAUCAUAGGUUCGAACUGAAAACGAUGAUGAUGAUAAUAAAAAUGAAAUGCAAACUCUUGAGACUGUUACUGGGAAAACGCGACCGAUCGUUGCGUUUUGCACACUUAGGUUCCCCGUAGGCAGAUUUUGAUCAUACUUUUGUAUAUAGUGUAACAUUACGUCAUUGUUUAUAAAAUAUUUAUAAUUAUACCGUAAUGAUAAUAAUAAUAAAAAUGAAAACGGAUAGACGCUAGCUAGCUCUACACGGUGAUAAGUAUGACAAAAUUAAAGAUACAGUAGAUUUGUAUAUUUUACAUU